AUCCCUAACCCUUCCCCUUGUCAAGUCUCCAACCCUGCUCCGGACCUCUUCGGCAGACUGCACCCCUCCGAGCGAUCCGGGCGGCACCCGUAUGUGGUGUGCGGUUUGCCCUAACAAGAAAUAGGAAAAACAAAACAAAAACAAAACUUGUGUAGGUUUGCCAAAUCCCUCAAAAAUCGCGCCCAAAUUUCGCAUUUCAAAAGAGUAAGGCGGGUUCCCUCCUCCUCUCUCUAUCCUUCUUUACUCUUCACAAUUUCCCACUGCUCCUCUUUUUCUCCAAUUCGGGAAACCUACUGCAGCUUAAUCGCCCUAUAACUCUUCUCCAAGGUCAGUAAUUAUCACCGACGCGUUGUUCUUAGCUCUAAUUGCGUUUUUCACAGUUAUUCUAGGUUUGUGAAUUAGGAUGCUGAGAAUUCGUUGAGGUUCGGAAAAUUUUGGAAUUAGGUUGUGAAAGUUUGAUUAUGGCUGAAGGGAGUGGAUCUCCUGGGCAGAGUAGGUCGAGGCCUGCUCUAGGUGACGUCACGAAUCGGAUUGGUAAAAGGGGGUUUUCAGCGAGAGAGAAGGAGAAAGGAAGAGGUUUCGAUUUCAGUGAUAAAGGCACAGUUAAGAGGAUUUGUGUUUCGCCCCGGCCGUGUUCUGGUCUCUCCAAAAUACCGGUUGAAAACAGAGAGGCUAAUUUGAAGGGGGGAAAUGAUGUAAUUGGCUGCUUCAAAUUUAAUGAUGGUAGUGAGAAAGGCAAGAUUUCGGAUCUCAGGGGAGAAAAUGUUGUUAAUGUUAGUAUUAAUGAGUUGGAUAUUAUUGAUGAUGAUGGGUCGAGUAACGGUUGUGACGAAGUAGCUGGGUUAAAUUGCUUGGAUCCUGAUUUGGAAAAUCUUGAAGUUGAGGGGGGUUUGAAUUCCAUGGCCAGUGAAGUGGAUGGUUGCAGCCCUUUAGACUCGUUGAAGGAAAACAAGAUUUCUGGAACUGCUGAUGAACUUGGUGAGAGUUCUCAUGCUGACACUUCGCGGACAGUGAGUGAAACUGGUGGCGAUUUUCUUCAUGACGGAGAAGAGAACAUAAGUCCGGAUGGGGCUCAGGGUGAACAUAAUCAUUUGGAUGAUCAUAAUGCUGAUAAUUUUGUCCUCAAUCAGUCAGGAUCUGUUGAUUUCACGGCCCUGCCUCAGUCAAAGGAAUCGAGAGUGUUUGGAAUAGAUAAAGGCAAGAAAUUGGAGGAGGAUGAAUGUGCCCUUAUGACCGGAGGGAGUAAAGCUAUCAAUGCUUGUUCUUGCUCUUUUUGCUCAAAAGCCCAAUAUUUAUGGUUGGACCUCCAUCAGAAGGACAUUAAGGCUCGAUUAUCAGCAUUGAAAAAGAGUCAGAAAGAUGCUAGCAUAUUGGCUGAAAGAAGUAGCAGGAUGAAGGUCAAUGAGAAACAAGGUGGUGAUAGCUCUAAGUUGGAAUCUCAUCUGAUGAAUCAGUGGAGAUCUCUCUUUCAGCAUAUGUCGGACAUAUGGGCCGCAGAAACUAAUCAGCUUGAAGCUAGUCUAUUGCCACUGAACAAUCUAAAAGGCAAAUGCAAAGCGGAGAUGGAGUCGAAUAAUGCUAAGCUGCCAGAAAAGCAUUAAGUCUAUGGAGGCUCGAAAUUUCUGUGAGAUGAGUUUUUUUUUUUCUUCUAAAUCUUGCGCCUAUCAUUUAUUACCUAAAUCAACAUUUUCUUCUUGCACCUUAGAUAGGAUUUUUGUUGUACUUCAUAUAUGUAAGCAUACUAAAAUAUCUUCAUUGCUGUUUCUAUCGUUAUUCAGUUAAUUUUAUCUGGAAUACUCGUACAAUCAA